AUGACUGAUGAUCAGACUGUAUUUUAUAACGUAGAAAAACAAAAAUUUUAUGAAUUAUUAAAUAAACUUCAUUGGACCGAAGAUCAUUUAUUGAAAGAACAAGAAACUCUGAUUCAAUGCUCAAUUGAGCCAGGGCAUCGAUUUCCAAUAGGAUCAAAACAUGUAGAAAAAUGUCAAUUGAAAAAAGAAGGUUUCUCAAAAGAAUAUCUAAAAGAAUUAGCUGAAUGUGAAAAAGAAAAACAAUUGUUCAAUCAAUCUAGUAUCUCAUUUACUCCAUCAACGCUCAGUAAUAUUCUUCAUCGACCUAUAGCAAUUACAAAUAAUCUUCCAUUAAGCACUGAACAAACAACCAUUUUAUUUUCACCUUCCGAACGAUCUUUAAUUGCUCAAGCAGUGUAUGAUGAAGCUUUGAGUUUGGGUAUUGUGCCAUCUACAUCACAUUCUAACUUUGAUAAUCAAACGACUAUGUUACGAGAACCAAAUAUUUCGCAACAAUCGAAUAAAUCGGUUGAAUUACGAGAUCAAAAACGACGUCGACCGAAAUACGUAACUCGAACAACAAAUCGAGAUUUUUAUGAUAUUGCUCGUGAUAUGAUCGAUACUGGAAUGAAAUUUAUUGAACAAAUAAAUCAUCAAUCGAACUCGAAUCAAUCUGAACUUGAUAAAGAUAAAAAGAAACACAAGAAACAUAAACAUCGAUCAUCAUCUCGGAAAAAACGUCGAUCCAGUCGUAGUCAUAGUAGAAAACGUCAUCAAGAUUCGAAAAAAAGACGAAGAAGUUAA